AUGGAGGGGCACACUGAUGACCAGCCUUUGGAGUUCAUCAUCAGGCUGCACAAGCCCCCGCGUGGUCGUCUUUGUCUUCCCACCCCAUUUGCGAGGGUGAUGGAACUUGAACAACCACGCGCGCUGAGGUCGCACAUGAGGGGCUGUGGGAAUGGUGGCAUGUGGGUGGAUGUUGACUUCCCUGCUCCUCAUGUCAUGUACCUUCGCCGUGGUUGGAAGACCUUUGCCCGAGCUCAUAGCCUGUCGGAGGGGCACGUUCUCCAGUUUAAACUAAUGGAGAGUGGCCUUCUCUCCGUCAAGGUCUUUGGGUUCUUGGAAGCUCGCUUAGGGUGCUGCGUGGAGAGCUCGACAGAUGACGAAAGCUCCUCCUUGAGCGACAGCGACGAGGAGGAGGGUGACGACGAUAACAGCGACGACAGCUCCGACUCCGGCUGA